AUGGGUCGCAACUGGAUUCCUUUUGUGGGCUCAAGAGAACUUGGAAGUCUGCUUGCCCUGUACAAGUAUAAUGUCAACUCUACCAAUUUCUGGAUGGCUGUGCCAUACAAUUCCAUUGAUGCCACAUAUGAAGUGAUCAGCUCUUCAGGCAUCAGAAGCAGGCUUGACUUGACCUUGAAGGAUAUUGAGACCAUGGUUGUGGUGGCUGACUUCUCUCUGUCCUGCAGUUUCCCUACAAAGAUGAUUGAUUGCUUCACCAAUGGAACCAUGGCAGCUCUUGCUGUGAAAGUGGAAUCUGUCCCCAGCUUGUCUCCAAGUCAACUAACUCUAAGGGAUCCUAGUUGCCGGCCUCUCCAGUCUGAUGCUAUCAAUGCAGUUUUCUACUUCAAUGUCAACUCCUGUGGAACAACUAGAAGGUUUGACACCAACCUCCUGACUUAUGAGAAUGAAAUGCUGUUCACAUCUUACCGGCUGAGAGUUGCCUGUCACUAUCUGGUCAAUGACACCAAGGUAGUACAGUUCUUGUACCAGAAUAAUCCUGCACCUGGAGUCCAGCCUGGCUUGGGGGACCUUACGGUCAUCAUGCGGCUUGCAUUGGGUAUGACUUGGAAAGUAAAAAUAGUGUAGAUGCUGUAGCAGUGUGUUUCCUUCUAUAAAUUCUCCCUUGCGUCUCUGCAGAUUCAACCUACAAUGACCUCUAUGGAGCGGAAGAUUACCCUGUUGUGCAGUACU